AUGGGCAAGCUGAAUGCAAUCCCAGACGCGGUUCUAACCGACCUGGGCCGUUCACAGUGCAUCGAAUUCAGCAAUUCGCCGCUGGGGUGCUCCAUCCAAGACUCGGUGGAACUCAUUCUCACAUCUCCUCAACGUCGGGCUCUUUCCACUACUUUGCUGGCCCUUCCGGAUGCCGAAAUCAAUGACCUCCCCUGUGAUCGAGGUUUAGAUCGAGAAACUCUCGAGUCCACACCCGAAUAUACUACAGAAUUGAAACAAGGCCGCCUAGAUUUCAGUCCGUUAAGCGAAGAUUGGAAUCAGAAGCAGGGGUUCUAUAGCUCGUCUCCUGAUGCGCUAUGGGCGCGGGCCCAGUGGGUCAGACACCUUAUACGUGAGCGCAAAGAGCAAACAAUAGCCGUGGUUGCACAUGGAAAUUUUAUACGUUAUCUUGUUGGUUUGGAUGGAUACUAUGACCGCGUAAGGAUAUGGUCAAAUGUCGAAGCUCGGUUAUAUACAUUUGAAUCUGCCGACGACGAGCGUGCAAAGUUGGUCCCCUUGCAGGCUGAUUCCAAGGAUGUAUAA